AGGAAAACAUACAUUAUUUUUUUUUAAUUUUAUAAAAUACCUACUUAAUAAGAAGAACUAAUAAGCAGAACUUUUGUAUUCAUCUAAAGUUACACAUUUGAAAGAAGUCUUGUUUAACGAUUCAGUUCAGUUUACUGCUCGAUCCUAUUGUACGGGUAUAGCUCAACACCAAAGGUGGAUCGCGUGUUAAAUGAGCCAACUCAGAGCUACGGAAUACGCCAGGCGCGGACGCAUGAGGCAGGCUCUCCAGGAAGCUGCCAAACCAGACACUGCAUCCAAACGCAAGUCCCGCGGUGGACUCGGCGAGCACUCUUUAGAGGAUCGGCGUGCGCAUAACGGCUUGCUAUCGGGAUUCGUCAGCAAGCCAGGAAGUCGGAAGCACGCAAACCUCUUUUCCUCAUCAGGGGCAUCCUUGUCUAAGUUCGCUUUAAGGGAUUGCGGAACAAGUGAUUCUUUAUCAGGUGAGGAUCAGCGAGCCCAUGACGAUUAUCUAUCGGGAUUAAACAGGCCAGUGAGUCGGAAGCAGGCGCCCUGCUAUAUCUACACAGAAGAUAGUGAUCCCGCACCACUCUUGGAAAUCGGAAAGAAUUAUUUGCCAAGUUCAUCGGGCCGAUCUGCUGCGGUGCCCGAUGUGGAUCCUCGCCAUUCCACGGGUAGAUACCCAAACCCAACCUUUCCGGAACCGACCUGCUCCUGGUCGCGUUUGACGAAAUCCCAGCAGAAACCGUGUUCCCAUAACACAUCCGCUGCGCCAGCGAAAUCGAAAGGACUUCCAUUCGAAAGCUUUACAGCCCCGAUCUGUCAAAAAAGAUCUCGUAAAAAACACCAGAACCCAUCAGAUAGCGAUGAUAGUGAUUUGCUGGUGUGCAUUCAGUCUCAGUCGAUAACGACUGCGGAUCGGAGCCCGAAAAUCGAACAGUUUGUACGCCAUACCACGCAGGAAAACGACCAAAAGAUUGCAGUUCUAAAAGAACGAAAGAACAAAAAAACUGGACGCCAGAUCUUGCAGGACAAAAAAAUUGAGGAUCAGCUUGCCUCACAAAGCCACAAGGAAUGUAAAAGUUUUGCACCCCAGAUUUUGCAUGACAAAAAUCAAAUCGUAAAACAAAUUUCGGAUCAACAGGAAAAAGAUCAGUUUGCAUUGCGAAGCCUGCUGGGAAACAAGAAUAAUUGCCAGCACGUCUUGCAAGAAAAACACCAGAACGUAAAGAUUGAAGCCCAGGACAGAACCAAGAACAACUUUCCGCACUAAGCCAGUAGGGUAGCAAGAGUUUGGCACGCUACAUCUUGACGAAGAAAGGUCAGGUCGUAAAGAAGAUUCAGGAUCAACGCGAACAGAUUCUAGCCCACAAACAGGAAAAGAAGCAAAUUGCAUCACAAGACCAAACCGUAAGGAAGAUUGUUGAUCAGCAGAAAAAGAUUCGACAGGAAGAAGAGCAGCUAGCAUCGCAAAGCCAGCAGGGAAGCAAGAAUACUUCUCAUCACUUCUUUCAGAAAAAAGCUCAGAACGUAAACAUUAAAGCCCAGCAACAGAAAAAAGAACAGCUUUCCUUACUAAGCCAGCAGGAAAGCAAGAGCUUUGCACGCCAUAUCUUGCAGGACAAAGAUAAAAACCUAAAACACAUUAAGGAUCAAGAAGAAAAAGAGUAUCGUGCAUCGCAAAGCCAGCAGGAAAAACACGACAACGUAAAGAUCGAAGUCAACCUAAAAGAAAAAGCACAGCUAUCAUCACAAAGCCAACGAGAAAACAAAAUUGUCCACCACAUAGUGCAGCAUAAACAACACUUACAAGAGGUUCAGUAUCAAAGGCAACAUAAAGACGAACAGAUCGUAUCGGAGAAUAACGAUUCUUA